GGCAAGCAGCUAGAAGUUCAGCUUGUCUUCGCAGACACCGGAAUGAACGAUUCCGCUGCUGUCGAGAAGACUCGAAAGUUCUACUACACGAUCAUUGAUCCGGUGCAGGCCAUGGUCAACACCCACUUUGAGCACACUCACGAGGUCAAUCUAGCAAUGAGACAGGAACAGAUCAGCAAGGUGUUGAUACACUGCUCGGGAGGCGUUUCAGACUGGUAUGGCACUCAAGUGGACGGCCUGCCGAAGCCUUUGUGGAGCUAUCAGUUUGGCGUCUCGCUUCCAUCUUCCUAUUAUCCGGAGGGGAUUUUCAAUUUUUUGUCAAAGCAGCUGGACAACUACAACCCAGCGGACGCGACAUCGCAAGCGGUGAAGAACUUCUUCGAGACAAAUCAGGGUCGACGCUUUUUCUUUUUUCGCAAUGUGGGGAACGAGUUUGCCAACUACACCUGUGGAAGGGCCUUUGAGCAGGCCUUGGAAGCAGGCUUUCAGGUCAGCAGUGAGGAUGUCUGGGACUUUGACAGCCGGAAUGCUAGUUAUCCGACGUUGUUGCGAGCAAAAGUGGAAACCCUGAACGCAAAUAAUUAUUGGAUGUCUGUGGGAUGCACAUGGAAGGAGGAUGGCAUCGAGCUCCAGAAAGCCAUUGCUGCAGCAAAAACCGAGCUUUUUGUGAAUGUCAUCCUGGAAGCACCAUCAACGGAAGAGUGGCUUCAAGCCUUCCCGCCGGAUAGUAGAGGAUACUCUGAUGGCGACUACGUUCUGUCUCCUACGGACUGGCAUCACACACAGCACUACCGGGACAGCUCCUCAGUGGCUCAGUCGACUGAGCCUUUUGUGAAUGAGUAUAGAAGUGUCUAUGGAGGUGAAUGGCCCAUGCCUGACUUCGCUUCUUGUACAGCUGCUGGCGUGGUCCUGGAGCAAGCCAUGCGUUCAGUGGUUUGGAAUGGCGUGCAGGGGUUUGAUGAUGAAGCCCUGCGAAUUGCAGUGCGGGACAUUCGCAUUGACACCUUUUACGGUGGUGUUCGCUUUGACAACUUCAAUCAGAAUGUGGGGCACGAUGCGGCAGUGCUUCAGGUUUUGCCAGAUGCCGGGCAAACGCUCGUCACAUCGGUGCUUCCAGAGACCAACUCGGAAAGAAACAUCAAGUUCCCCGCGCCCUUGUGGGAAUGGAGGGAUGGCUGCCCUCAGAGCAAACCGGAUGCUUCCAAUGGUGUCAGCUGCGAAGUUCUGGCGGACGAUGCAAUCAUGCAGUACAUCAUCGGGAUUAGCAUUGCAGUGCCCCUGUGUUCCCUUUGUGCUGUCUACUUCGGCCGUCUGUCCUGCGGCGUGCUUCGUCGCCGGCGGGAGAAGUUCGUGAAAAGAUGGCUGGAUGACCUAGACGCUGCUUUGUGGGAGCAAGAUGAGGCAGCUGUGAAGGUGGCUGAAGCCCAGUUGCGCCGCUAUAGAGGCAAAUCAAUGUUUGGGCAAUCCUACCACGUACCGGAGAUCAGUCAAGUGCGCCGAGAACAGAGUUUGCAAGCUGGUAUCGGAGUUGCAUAUUUGCUUUCUGAAGAGUUCUACCAGCUUGCGGCAAAAAGCUCUGGGCUGAAGGAUCCAACGUUCCAUGAUUUGAAGAGGGCCUUCUUCAUGGGAGAGAAGAAGAUUGGCAGUGACCAAAUCUGCCCCAGAGACGGGCAGAAGGGUUGUGCCCUGAUCGAUACCUAUCCGAAGCAGCAUCGCCAGAAGCAAACACACUUUCUGUCAUGGUCGUGGCAAUACACCAUCAGGCAAUUGAGAAGUGGUCUGGAUUUUUGGGUUCAUAGCUCUCAGCUCGAUCCCAGUGCUGCAUUCUUGUUCAUGUGCUUCUUUGUGAACAAUCAGCAUAGAAUUGUGGUGGCUGAAUCCCAUACGGGAUCUGAUGAGCUGGAUCGGAUUUUCGAAGGAAAUCUGAAGCGAAUUGGGAAGAUGAUUGCCUUGCUGGACAAUUGGAAAAAACCAGUUUACUUGACCAGGAUUUGGACAAUCUUUGAGCAGUAUGUGGCUGUUAGCAAUGCCAUCGAGGUGAAGAUCAUUUUGCCAAGAGACGCAGAAGCUGAUUUGUUCAUGACCAUCUCUACAGGAGCAGAAGGCAUCAACGCAGUGAAGGAGUCGCUUUGCAGUGUUGACUCAGCCACAGCAGAUGCCUGGUCUCCUGAUGACAAAGAGGCGAUCCAGACCAAGAUUCAGCAUGGGCUGGAGAGAGGCUUUGAAGAGAUCAAUGAGCAUGUCAGACAAGUGAUGAUCAGUUGGAUUGGUGACGUUGUGGUGGGAGCAAUGCAGCGAGUCCUGGUCGGAGAAGACCUGGUGGCCAGUGCACACAAUUGGGUAAACUCUGGUGCGUACAUCUCUGAGCACAACGAGAUGGAAGAUUUAGAUGAUGUCCAACAUGUGAGAUCGCUCCUUUGAGAUUGGUCCAGUGGUCCAUUAGGACGAAUUAUUUGGUGGUCAAUGGUGCUCGUCGAACGAGGGAAUGCCGUGACCAAAAUUUAAUUGCCGAGGUUGUUGUUUCAUGACUACUGUGAUUUGCC